AUGGAAAAACUACCAGCAACGACAACAGAACGAAAGACCCAGCAGAGCAGGAAACGAUCAGCAGAACCCACCGAGCCAGCCUCACCAACCGACUCACACAAACGAGCAGCCAGCGAACCACUCCAACACCCUAACAGCAAGAGGCCCACCCCCUCUCCGCCUCUCCCAAUGAACUCAAACGUACAAACUGAGAAAACACCCUCCCAAUCGAACGACCCGCCCUUGAUCGGCUAUCUACCGCUCGAUCUACUGCUUUAUAUCGCCAGCUUCGUCGGUGAGAGUGAAUUGAUCAGACUCAGCUGUUGCUCGAAGGGCUUGCGACGUGGCUUGAUCCGCAGCCGAUUCCUAUGGACAAGACAGUUGACCCUCAACGUCUCCCGAACCGAUCUGGCCGACCAGAUCCGCACCCUAUACCUCGAACGCAUCCAGCUCACCCAACCCGGGCCCAUCACCACUUCCCAACCCAACACCGCCAUCGGCAAAUGGCUCACUCGGAUGAACAGCAGCAGGGACCUGAUGCUCAAGACACUCCGGAUCAGACUACCAGGCCCACAACUCACCAUCGAUACCAUCCAUAACAAGAUCGUCAUCAACCCCGAAGAAACCUACUGGAACGCCCAAGUACUCACCCUCAACUUCAAACUCAUCAAGGAACUCAUGCACAAACCAGUCUCAACACUAGCUCCAUCACCCCCCGCCGGAACACCAGAUGCCCGUCAACCCGAGCGUCUACAGGUACUCGACAUCAGGAUCGACGGCCACUUUGAGCAGUCCCUCGCCGCGGCAAGUGAGGCUUGGAUGCUGGCUCAGAGCCCAUGGGCGAAAAGCGUCAAAGAGUAUCGACUUUCUGUCGGCUACGGUCUUGCCCGGAUCCCCUCGUUCUCGCUGAUUGCGCUUUCGAGCUGGAUGCCCAAUCUGAAGAGCUUUGAGGUUCGCAUGGGCACCCUGACCGCCAACGAGCCCCACCUACGUCGUCAGCAGCAACGCCAGCAACGCUUCGUGCUCGGCGGCACUGAAUUCAGCGAGAUGACGCCCGGGCUCAGAUCUGCUCAACUGAUACCCUGCACCAUCGAGCGCCUCCAUCUCGAAGGCAUCUGCUUCAGCCCCAACCUACUCCUCCUACCCCAGCUCUUCCCCAACCUCAAAUUCCUCGUCCUUAGGAGCAUCACCUGGGGAAGAAUGAUUUAUGAAUUGAUUCGGAGAUCUCCCAGCCUGGAAAUCUUGAAACUGAUCGACUUUUGUUUCGACCAAGAGAUGGAAGAAGAUCUACCGAGUGAUUGGAACUUCAAUUCUUGGGAAGACGAAAUGAGUGAGACGGGAUCAGACGAAGGCGGAGUGACUCUGAGAGCGCCGCCGAUCAACUCGACGAACCUGACAGAGCUACAUCUCAUGGGAGAAGGCACUCCACACAUCUGGUCUGUGCUCGGAGAAAGCAUCCAAAAUCCGAUCAUCAAGAUGCCGCGGCUGGAGAAGUUGGUCUGUGAAGCCCUGGACCUUGAGGAGGAGGAACAGGCCUUGAUCGACCUCUCCGACCUCGCGCCCAACCUGCGUGAAAUCUCGAUUCGUAAUUGUAUCCUUAGAGACGAGGUCGAUCUCUACCACUGUAUCAGGUGUUUGCCUGAUCUUGAAUUAUUGGAUUGUAGGUUGACUGAAAACAUUACCUCCAACCUGAUCAAUGCACUCGCGCUCUCGGUGCCAAACAUUCGACACCUGGACGUGCGCGGCUGUCCCUACGUGCAUGUGACGUCGGUGGCCCGACUGGCGGAGACGAUCCGGGACUCGAGCGACUCGGAGCGGCGGAUCGAGUACAUCGGGGUGGACAAGCCACCGGAGCCGCUUUUCGGGCUGGAAAGUGCGCAGGAGGACUCAGUGAAGUGGGAGAUCUGGCAGCUCUGGCAGGCCUGGAACUGGCUCGACUUUACCCACGUGCUGCUCGACCAAGAGGAGUGGAAAGCGCGUCAUCGCGGCCGCAAGGACAAGAUGCCCGUGCGGCCCGACCCGCCCGCCCAUCUUGCCGCCCACCGCUCCCAGGAAUUCCAGCAGGCUUCCUCCCAUCAAGGCCCCCGGAUCCGGCUGACCUCCCGUCUGCCCCGUCCCGAUCCGCUGCCCAACCACCAUGCCCCAGCCAAUGCCCGGAUACCCUACCCCUCCCACCACCCGCCGUCCCGACCUGCCGCGCCCGCCGGCCCGGGCAUCCAGAACCUUCCCGCGCCGCCCCCUCCACCCGUCCUGCCGCAUCCCUCUUCCCGUCCCACCCAAAAGCUCGAGUCAUCCACUCAGCUGUCGUCGUCUGUGGACCCCGCUCUUGCCCGAACCGCCGCCGAAACUCCGCCGCCCGCCGUGAUCCAUGCCGGGCCGAACUCUUCGGACUCGUGUGCCCCUACCGAAGGCUCGGCGCCGAGCUCGGAUCCGAAGAUGAACGCGCUGCCCCGCUCACAGAUCGGCCGCGUCAAUGGCGCGCCAGAGGACCCUGGCCAGGCCUCCGCCGGCUCCGAAAACUUGGCCACCCUUGCCAUCCACCAUCCUCAUCCGCACUCCACCCCUGCUUCUUGCACAUGGCGCGACGCAACAGACCCCACGGCAGUGUCAACACUAUCAACACUGGUACCUCUCGCCGUCGUCGAACCGCCCAAGGACAGCUCAGAGAUGUCUCACGGGAACGGGAAGAACAAGCAGAUUGUAAUGAAAGUCUCAACAUUGCUGAACGACUUGGCCAUAUCCCCCCCCUUCGUCGUUGUCAUCGGACCAAACCGUUACAGCAUCUCCCUGACCCAGAUCAAGCCUACCCAGCACACGAGCCACUGA